GGUGUCUGAGUUGCAGCACUUGGGAUCUUUAGUUGCAGCAUGUGGGAUUUAGUUCCCUGACCAGGAAUCAAACCUGGGGCCCCCUGCAUUGGGAGUACAAAGUCUUAACCACUGGACCGCCAGAGGAGUCCGAGUGUCAGUUCCUUCUGUGAUUGUAAAAUGCCUCCCUCGUGUGUGAGGACGUAUUCUAACCUGGCCCUCUAUCUUCUGUGACCCCAGAAGUCCUAUCAAAGACCUAAGCCUCAGUUUUCAACUUAAGUCUCCCUGGUCUGUUAAGGUAGGUGAGCGCCUUUUACAGGAAAUGGGACCCAUUGCUUCUUCUGAACAUCCCUUUCCUCACUGCAGGAAGGGGUGCUAUUUUAUUUUCAAGGAGCAGUAUCACAUAGAGGCUAAAGCAUUGACCUCCAGAGCCAUGUGUGUCUAGAUUUGGUUCUGGGUUCUGCCACGGAACCCAUGACUUGGGGCAAAGAUGCUUAACUACUCGUAGCCCGAAUUACUCAACUCCAAUGAAAGAAUAUUCCUCUUGGAUUGUGAGCAUUAAAUGUUAUGAGACCCAUUAGUCUAGACUACAGUAAGUCAUCAAGAAGAUCACAGUGAGAUUAAACAACAGUUAUUAUUUUUCUUUAACAGGUAAUUAAAAGCCAUGACUUGUGCGGUGUUCCUGUUGAUUAUGAGUCUCUGUUAUCUUAAGGAAGAGCAGCUCAGGCCGUCUUAAGAGAAAGGUUUACUGUAAAAGUAUAUGUGGUCUGAAAUUGAUAACCAGGGUAAAAUUAUUACUUAUAGAUAAUAUGAUGUUUACAAAAAACCUAAGGAAAUCAACGGGAAAACUGUUAGAAACAGUAAUGGAAAAUUUGAGUAAAGUGGCAACUACAGAAAAUGGCUUACAAAAAUUAAUCCUUUUAUUAUAUACCUGAAAAAAUCGGAUCAUAAAAUGAAAUAAAAGAUUCCAUUCAUAGUAUUACCCCCUCAAAUUUAAAAUAGCCAGAACUCAACAUUGUAUAAAUUUUGCAAUCCUGUGUUACUCUAUGGGACAUGAAAGAAGAAGCCUUAUUAUAUAUUGUAAAAUUGUCAGCUCUCCCUAAAUUUUACACUAAACUGUGAUUUGAAAAUCCCAGUACAGUUUUUUAAAGAAAGAAAAUUUAUUUGAAAAACAUGUGAGAGUAACCAAGAAUUUUUUUUUUUUUUUUAACAACGGAAGAACAGAGGGAUGCUAACUUUAUCAAACUGUAAGAUGUAUCUGUAAGUUCAGUAGUUCAGUGUGGUUAUUAGUACCAGUUUUAUUUUAGAAAGGAAGAGGGAGGGCUCUGCUUUCCAUAAGAGAACAGAUAAAAUAUCUUAAAAUGUCAAAUUAUAACGCAUUUCAUUAAUUCAUAAGACAGCACUUGAAAGGCCGAACCUUUCAACUCUGUGUCAUCUAUGUUCACAUCCCUUUCUUCUUUAAGAUGGAACUGCCAAUGCCUGCACUAAAAAUGGUAAAUUUGAUUUUAUUUUCAUACUUCUAGGCCAUUUGAGUUUGCUCAUCCACACACUGGGUGAGUAUUGGGUGGUAACCUUUAGGGUUCUGCCAACGCUCAAGAGUCUGUGGUUCCCCCACCAUUCACGCACCUGUGCCAUCACUGUGCCCUUCCGAUGUUUCAGGAAUCUAUGACAUUCAAAGAUGUGGCAGUGGACAUCACCCAGGAGGACUGGGAGCUCAUGCGUCCUGUGCAGAAGGAACUGUACAAGACCGUGACACUGCAGAACUACUGGAACAUGGUUUCUCUCGAUGAAAGGUUUCAAAGUGAAAGGUCAUCAGGAAGCACGAUGCACGGCCCCCCAAGACCGCCACCCCACGCCUUGCCCGGCGCCUGCCUCCCCCACAGCCUCUGCACACCAUCCUCCAGGGUGGUGGGAGAUUUUUGUCCCUGCUCCAAAAGGGCAGUGACCUCAUUCAUGAGAUCGUGUCUGAAUCGUUCUUUUCCUGUAAGAGGACUUACAGUAUAUAGACCAACUGUGAUCCCCAUGUUGGAAGAACCAUGGAUGGUGCUAAAAGAAAUUCUAGAAGGCCCAAGUCCAGAAUGGGAAACCAAAGCACAAGAGUGUACUCUGGUGGAAAAUGUUUCUAAACUUAAAAAGGAUGGAAUCAAGCUCAUCAAACUGGAAGAACCCUCUGACUAUGAUGACAGAAUGGAGGGGCAAGUGGCAGAGACCUUCAGGAGAAUUCCCACCAAAAGGAGACAUUUCGGUGUGAAGAAGUCAGUCCUUUCACAAGAAGAUGGUCCUGUCGAAGACUAUAAAUAUGAUAUAUAUAGAAGUGAUUUUGAAAAGCAUUCAAACCUAAUUAUGCAGUUUGGUACCCAGUCAGACAAUAAAACUUUCAUGUACGAUGAAGACAAGACCUUCAUCCCCGGCAUCGUACACAGGAAAAUAUACCCUGGAGAGAAGCCUUAUAAGUGUAAGGUGUGUGGGAAGAAGUUCAGGAAGUACCCAUCCCUCAUCGCACACCAAAACAGCCAUGCCAAAGAGAAGUCUUACGAAUGUGAAGAGUGCGGCAAAGAGUUCAGACACGUCUCAUCCCUCAUUGCACAUCAGAGGAUGCACACGGGAGAGAAACCCUAUGAAUGCCACCAGUGCGGGAAAGCCUUCAGCCAGCGUGCCCACCUCACCAUCCACCAGCGGAUCCACACAGGAGAGAAACCCUACAAGUGUGAUGACUGUGGGAAAGACUUCAGCCAGCGUGCUCACCUCACCAUCCACCAGAGAACACACACGGGAGAGAAACCCUACAAGUGCUUGGAAUGCGGUAAAACCUUCAGCCACAGCUCAUCACUCAUUAAUCACCAGAGAGUUCAUACUGGAGAAAAACCUUACAUAUGCAACGAAUGUGGGAAGACCUUCAGCCAGAGCACACACCUCCUCCAGCAUCAGAAGAUCCACACAGGAAAAAAACCAUAUAAAUGCAAUGAGUGCUGGAAAGUAUUCAGUCAGAGCACUUACCUUAUUCGACAUCAGAGAAUUCACUCUGGAGAGAAGUGUUACAAAUGUAACGAAUGUGGAAAAGCCUUCGCUCACUCCUCCACACUUAUUCAGCACCAGACCACUCACACUGGAGAGAAGUCCUAUAUAUGCAGCAUAUGUGGGAAAGCCUUCAGCCAGAGUGCAAACCUCACCCAGCAUCACAGAACACAUACUGGAGAGAAACCCUAUAAGUGCAGCGUGUGUGGGAAAGCAUUCAGCCAGAGCGUUCACCUUACUCAGCACCAGAGGAUUCACAAUGGUGAAAAACCAUUUAAAUGCAACAUAUGUGGGAAAGCGUAUAGACAGGGUGCCAACCUUACUCAGCAUCAAAGGAUUCACACUGGAGAGAAACCCUACAAAUGCAACGAGUGUGGGAAGGCGUUCAUUUAUUCCUCAUCACUUAAUCAGCAUCAGAGAACUCAUACUGGAGAGAGACCCUAUAAAUGUAACGCAUGCAACAAAGAUUUUAGCCAGAGAACAUGCCUUAUUCAGCACCAGAGGAUUCACACGGGAGAGAAGCCCUAUGCGUGCCGCAUAUGUGGCAAAAGCUUCACCCAGAGUACGAACCUCAUCCAGCAUCAGCGUGUCCACACAGGUGCCAAAAAUCGAAACUAAUGCAUCCGGGAGACUGCACAUAGGUUUUCAAACCUAAUCAUUCUACGUUUUAUUUUGUACUGUGCUUAUUGAAAACAUUAUUCAAAAGAAGUGCAAUAUGGGUUAGAUUUUCACUCAGCAGAAGUAUCAGAAUUAGUGAUGGGAGUAUAACCUAUUUAAAUGUACUGUGAAAUUUCAGAUGAAAACAUUCACUUCAUAA